AUGACAAGCGCGGGGGGCGAGAUGCAGGCGACGGAGGAGGCCGUGCAGCGCGACGAGGCGGCGCAGGCGGUGGAGGUGGCGCUGCGGCGGUACCGCAGCAGCGUGCGCGGGAAGCUGCUCGGCGAGGCCCUCGUGGAGUCCUCCUCCGUCGCCGCCGCCGCGCUGGCGGAGAUGACGCAGUCGCACGCCCGCACGGUGGCGGAGAUGAAUGCGCAGAUUGCGGGGCUGCAGGAGCAGCUCUUCGCCGCGGCGGCCGUGAUUGAGGCGUUGGGCGGGCGAGCCGCCGGCGACGACGACGCCCACGCGUCCUCGUCCCCCUCCGUGGCGCAGCGCUCCUUCGCCCUUGAGGUCGACACGAGUUCGCAUGAGCGGGGCGAUGAGAGCGCGCGGCUAACGGAGGAACAGCAGCAGCAGCAGCGCCUGUCGUCGCUGGGGGAGGAGGCGACAUCGGAGGCGUUUCGCACGGCGCAAAGUGGCAGUCGCUGCACAGGCGGAAGCACCUUUGCCGAAGGCGACUCGGCGCAGUCCGCCCUCUGCGCGGAGGUGCUUCACACGCGUGGCACAUUGAAGUUGCAGCAGCAGCAGCAAGCGGCUAUGGGGACGCAGCUGAAGGAGUUGACCGCGCUGCUGUCAAGGGUGGUGAAGGAGAAUGCCGCUUAUCGGCAAGAGGUGCAGCUGCUGCGUGCGACGACAGUUCCCGUCGAAGAGCACCGGCAGCUGCUGCAGGCGCGUGAUGCGGUGGAGCAGGAGUGUCAAACAGUGAAGCUGGAAUUGCAGCGCUUAAAGUCCGAACUGGAGACGGCGUUGGGCGCCGUGUCUCUGCCGCCGCUGUCGCAGGAGGCGGAGGUGAAGGUGGAGGGGACUGGCGUGCUGGAUUUGGGGCGCAUUCAUGAAGGCUACCGUGCCGUGCUGCAAGACCCCUCCGUGUCGGCCGUGCCACCAGCAGCAGCAACCGCAACCGCAACUGAGGACGUUACACACGACUCAAGUGGGAAGGAGCAGACCUUUCAUUCGGCACAUGGUCCCACGGCGGAGGCUUCGGCCCCCGCACCCGCCUGGAACGAAGAGGAUUUGCAGCACGAGGGCCUGUGGAAGACGGCCAUUCGAGAGUUGGAGCAGCAGGCCGUCAUUGCGGCGUCGCAGUUAUCGGCGGCUGAGCGGCUGCGGGAGGCGGAGGGCCGCAUCGAGGAACUGGAGGCCAUCCAGGCGGAGCUGCGCACCUCGCUGCAGACGCUGGAGGCUGAGGACAAGUGCGUGCGCGAGGACUGCGAGCAGCUGGUGUUCCGCAACGCGGUUCUGACGCAGCAGGUGGCCUCCCUGCUUGUACGCGUCGAACGGCAGCGCCGCACGCUGGAGCGGCAGGAGCGCCGGGGGCCGUCACUGGAGGAGGGGGAGUCGGUGUCCGACUCCGAGGUGCUCCUCGCGGACGAGGAGCCGCUGCGUCCCAACAGCCGCCGUGCGCAGCGGGGCCGCGUGGCAUCGGCGGUUCAGUCCCUGCUUGAGCGCCGCGGGGCCGUGUCGGGGGCUGCGACGGGGGCGGGCGAGGGCGCUGUUAGUUUCCUGGACGUCACGCUGCAGCCGGCGGAGCCGCUCGAGGUUGAGGGGGGCGUGCGGACAGGCAUGGGCGUGUUCGCCAGGAGCUCGCACCGCCCGCGCCGCUCGCUGGCGCUGCGCAACUUGGGCUCCCCGUCGGUGGAGGUGGACGUCACGCGUGUCCCGCAGCUCCCGGUCACCGACCGGCUCACCGGCGUCGCGCUGGGACGUCCGUCGCACUACGCGACCGUCGGCCCCGCGGCGGCAGAUCGCGGCAGCGGCGGCGGCAGCGGCAGAAGCAGCCGCAACGGUGCACGCAGUGGCGCCUCCGCGGACUCGGCGACAAGGACGCUGUGCGUCAGCGGGGACACGGAGGAGAACCGGCAGUUCCUCGAGCUCCUCCGCGCGGACGAGAACCUCGACCGCUACUCCGUCAACUCCGUGGCGGAGUUGCUGCAGCGCAACCAGGAGCUGCUGCAGCAGCUGUACGCGGCGACGCAGCGCGCCGAGGCCGCGGAGCAGCAGCAGCGCAAACGCGACGGCGAGGAAAGUGUGGCGGCGGACGCGGGAAGUCGCGCCACCUCCGACGCCGAGGCCGCGCAGCCGCACCGCCGCGUGAACCGCAAACGUAGGCGGGAAGAGACGCCGUCGGAGGAGCUGCCGUCACAACAGCAGCACCAGCAGCAGCCGGAAGAGGAAGAGGAGGAGGUGGAGGUGGAAAGUAGCGGAGGGGGGAACUCAGUUCAGAGACGUGCGUUCCACCAUCACCGUGAAGAAGAGGAAGAAUACGACGACGCGGCAGUAGGGGAGGAGGAGGAGGACGGCGACGAGGACGCGCGACGGCUUCCGCAGGUGUCGGACGAUCGCUACCUGCAGCUGCAGGAGCACAUGGAGGGGCACAUGGACGCCGUGCUGCGGAAGCAUAGGGCCCAACUGACGCUGACGGACAACGGCCUGGCCGCCUCGCUCCUUCGCGUAUUGGAGCUUGGGCGCAGGCCGGGUGAUGGCGGCAGCGGGAGCGGUGUUCUCUGCCCUGAGGGCGGCGGCACAGAGGCAUCGGCAUCAUCGGUGGCAGCGGCGGCGGCGGCCACAGCAGGCACCACGCAGGACGCCGUUGUCGCCUCGCUUGUUCGCCUCUGCACGGAGCUGGGGGUACGCGCGGCCAACCAGGCCGUCGAACUCGCCUCCGCCCGGCAGUCGGAGCACGCGGAGAUGAUGCAGAAGUGCUGGGGAGAGGCGCAGCGUGUCCUCCUCCGCUCCGCGGCGGAUCUCCAGGCGGCCAUCGCCGGCCUUCCGCACGCCGCAGCGUCCACUGUGGCGCUGCAGAGCGACGAGCCCGCGGCGGCGGAGGUGGGCCGUCGCGGGGAGCACGACCAGGCGCAGCUGCUGCACAACAUCACAAGUCUGCUGCGCACGGCGUCGCUGAAGGAGCACACCAUUCAGCGCGUCCUGCAGUUGGCGGCCCGGCGGCAGCGGAUGGUGCAACGCGCUUGCGCCGAACCACGCCGAGCGGCUGGCGGUGAUGAGGAGGAGGAUGAGGCACACGACGACGACGACGACGACGACAUCGCCGGUGGGCAGCAGGCCGUGCGGCAGCUCCAGGUGAAGCUGGAGGGGGUGCAGUCGCAGUACGAACGGCUUCUCGCAGCCCAUCACGAGGAGCGGAGGCAGCACACGACGCUGCUGGAUCGCAUGUGGCGCAUGGAGGAGGAAGCGGCCGCCGCCGGACGCUCCCGCGACGAGGCGCUGGCGCGCAUGGCGACGAUGAUGACGCGCGAGGAGUACGAGGCGACGGUUGACGCUCUCGACACCGCCAAGGCGACCAUUGAAGACCUGGAGGCGCAGUUGCGCCACGCGCAGGAAACCAACAACCAGCAAUUGGGGGAACUCGACCGCUGGCGGCAGGCCGGCGUGGAGCACGAGCGGCAACGCGAGGCGGACGCCGCGAUUGUGGCGACGCAGCUGUCCGAGAAGGACCGCCUUAUUGCCCAGCUGGUGCAGCAGAACCACCAGAUUGAGUCACGCAACGCGGCGCAACAGGCAAGCAUUCGUCAGCUGGAAGCGAGUGCGACGCAGCAGCGGGAUAAGCUGGCGUCCCAGUACGAGGAUGAACGGGCGCUUCGCGAGCGGCUGCGCCGCGUCGAGCUCGCGUUGCUGGAGCAGCAAUGCACGCAGGACUUGCUGUUUUCCAUCUUCCCCGACGAUCGUGCGCUGGCGGAGAACCGAAACUUGAUUGAGGCAAUGCGUGGUGAGAAGGAGCGACUCGCGGAGACGGUGGCGUCGCUGCAGUUGAGCCUCGACAAGGCGCACCGAGACUUGGCCUCCGCCCAGCUGCGCAUACACGCGGCGGAGCAGGCGCGUCAGGAGGCGGAGCUGCGGCUGCAUGAGGCAUCCUUGUCUCGGGCCAACGCCGCAACGGCCACGGCGGCCCCGGCCGCAGCAGCAGCAGGAGCGGGGGCGACGACUGCCACGGCGACGGCGGCAGACACAGCGGCGGUGGAGGUGGAGUUGCUGCAGCGCACAAAUGCCACGCUACUGGCGGAGCGGCGGGAGUGGAUGGAGCGGGAGGCACUCCUGCGUGAGCAGCUCACGGCGCUUGGGCGGGACCCGGUCAGUGAAAACGCGCGGCGCUACGGGCUGAAGGCGACCCGGGGCUUUGAAGAGCAGCUGGUGGAGAUGCAGGAACGCUGUCUGGCGCUGCAGGCGCAGGUGGAGGAGGCCAAAGGGGUGCAGGAGACCGUCACACAACUCACCGGCGAGGUGGCAUCCCUGACGGCGCAGCUGGCCGCCGCGCAGAACGCCCUGGCGACGCAGCAGGCCUCCCACGAGGCGCUGCGGAAAGAGCUGGAGGCGACGGUGCUGGACAUGCAGCAGAAGGAGGAGUCGCACGACGCGGUGAAGCUGACGCUGGCGGAGAAGGAGGAGCUCAUCGGCAGCAUCACCGGGGCGAUCAGCACGCUCGAAAAGGAAGUGGAGAAACUGGACGAGCGGCUGCGCGCCAGCGACGAGGAGCGGCGGCGCCUCUACCAGGACAAUGUAAAGCUCAUCGAGAACGUCGACGCGCUGGUGGAGGACGUGAGGAAGAAGGAUGCGGAACGAAAGGCGGCGCAGGCGGCUUUGGCGCAGGGGCUUGCCUCUGCCUCGGCGGCGGCGGCGGCGUCGCACCGGUGGCGCGGGCGCAGUGCCGGGGGUGGAAGCGGGGCGGGGCCCACGUCCAUCACCGGCUCCCUCGGGAGAACUCCCACUUAG